UCUGUAAUCUACGCACGCGCAUCCCUAACCUCCAACUCUAUCUUGGAAAAAAAAAAUAAAUCAAUAACCUCCAAGAUCUCCAACGUAAACAAAUCAAAACAAACGUUGCUCGCGCCCGAACAAAUUGUUCUGAAAACAAGUCUCGUUAUAAAAUGUGUCUUUGUAACUUGGGUCCAAAUUUUGCUUCCUGACCUCCAUUAAAAAAGUGUCUUGUCUCACCCCCAGAUAAACCGGUCGCUCGAUCCCGAUCCUCUGAAACUCAAAAGUUAUACAAUUUAAAUAAAAAUGUAUCGGUAUGUCUGGUCGAUAGUCUGUUGGUACCUCAGGCCAAUAAUUAAGUGGUUUCUGAGACAAACGACUUCUAUGUGCGAGUUGCAACGCAUUUGCUAUGGGGAACCAUCCGGGGCAGCGCGAACUCUCGCGGUCGAACGGUCUCUCAACCAGUCCCGAAACCCCGAGCUCAAGACCAUGAUCGGUAAUCUCAACUCCGUGGCCGAGCAACGCGGUAUCAAUAACAAGUCCGAGAGGAAGAUUCUUGAAGACGCGAUCAGAACCGUCCUCUUGGCUAAGAAAAUAAACCCGACCGCGCAUCCCGAUUUCGCCCGGUCCUUCGGUAAAUGCGUGGAACUGAUCUGGGGGUACAGGCAGCUCAUCUCCGGGAUCGAGGAGCUCAGGAAAACCGGGUACGAUUCUGAUAAUCCUGAGCAUGAGUUGCUUUUGUUGAAAUUGUGGAAUCUUUUGAAACCGGAAGAGCAGCUUGAAGCCCGCGUUACCAAGCAGUGGCAGGACAUUGGAUUUCAGGGCGAUGAUCCAAAGACGGAUUUUCGUGGCAUGGGAAUUUUGGGACUUGAAAAUUUGGUUUUUUUCGCUAAUGAGUAUCCAACUGCAGCUCGACACGCGUUAUUGCACUCAAUGCAUCCACGCUAUGGCUACGCAUUCGCAAUUGUUGGUAUUAAUAUAACAAGUAUGGCCUUAAGAUUGCUCAGAGAUGGUAGCGCCAAAACUCACGUCUACAAUUCGUCGAAAACUCUACCAGGUGUUCGUGCCUUUCAUCAAUUUUAUAGUUACCUGUUUUAUGAAUUCGACGAGUUCUGGAUUGAGUCAAAGCCCAGUAAUAUGAUGGAGUUUUCUUCUAUUUCGGAAAAAUUCGAAACAACUAUUCGCUGUGCUCUUGCAAAUCCUGCCACUGUUUUUAGAAUUAAUCCUAGUGUUGAUAAUAUUUAACGUACAAUUACUGAUUUAGUUAAAUUAAUUAUUAUUUAUUAAGACUUUUUUUAAUUUAUUUUUUUAAAUGGUGAAUGUGGCGCAAAAAUCAAGCUUGCGAUUUAUAAUGUUCGUUAAAAGUUAAUUUUUUGGGGUAAAAUAGACAUGGAUUUAAUUUUUUAUGUGAUCGGUCUAUAGACUUUUGGAUUACCUUUAAAAUGAGUACCAACAAGCCUGGGUUAGAAAAAUUUUAAAGUACAGUUAUUAUAUAUUUAUAAUUUUAUAUAUAUAUAAAUAUGAUAAAUGAAAUUUUGUUCAAAAAUAUCGAUGUGGGGACUCAUUUUAAAGGAAAUUUUGUGUACGUUACGAUAAAAAUAUAUAUUUCGACAAUAUCAUUAAUUGAUAUUAAUAAGUGGGGUAAAAUGGCCGGUUAAAAAAUUUUUAACUCGACUAUUUUGUAGAGUUUCAAAUUCCCUUUUAAAUGAAUACCCACAAUCACAUAUUCUAAAUAUUUGCUUUUCAUAUAUUUUUACUCUUAUAUAUAUGUAAUAUAUAUACAAUCUAGUUCAAAUAUAUCGAUGUGGGUACUCAUUUCAUAGGAAAUCAGCUCUACUGUACACUAAUAAUAUUUAUUUUGACCCACUGUCUACUCAGCUCACAGAAGAAUAAAUUUAUUUUCUAAAUUUUUACAUUUCCCAAAAAAUCAAUUUUUAAGUAUCUUAUGAAUUGUAAGCUCUCUAAAUACUUUUAUUUUGUUAUUGUACUAUGUAUGAAUGGGAGCUCUAGGUAAUUUUAUAAAAUAAGCGUAAAGUAAUUAUGCUUGGAAGUUUUUAUUAAAGAUAAAUUUGUAAAGAAAUAGAUUUUUUCUAAGUUUCUUGAAAGUUUAGUCUAUCAGACGGUUAGUUUAAUUAGUCUAUGGAUUGGAUUCUAUUCUAAUUUUUUUAUUUAUUUAUUGUUUUUCUAAAAAAAAAUUUCACUUUAACGCCAUUCCAUUAACUUAUAAUAUUUA